UCAAAAUCCUCUGGCUCCAACAUCGUUGAGGCUGGAAAGAUGGCGAACCGGACGGACCCGUCGGCGAAGAGCAUAAGGGGGACGAAUCCUCAAAAUCUGGUGGAGAAGAUUGUCCGGUCCAAGAUUUACCAAAACACCUACUGGAAGGAGCAAUGCUUUGGUCUUACGGCCGAAACCCUAGUCGAUAAAGCAAUGGAGCUCGACCACCUCGGCGGGACCUACGGAGGCAGUCGCAAACCCACUCCUUUCAUUUGCCUUGUCACCAAAAUGCUCCAAAUUCAACCUGACAAAGAGAUUGUUGUCGAGUUCAUCAAGAACGAAGAUUACAAAUAUGUCCGUGUUCUUGGAGCAUUCUAUUUGAGAUUGACAGGGACAGAUAUUGAUGUUUAUCGGUAUUUGGAGCCCUUGUAUAAUGAUUAUAGAAAGCUCAGGCAAAAAACGAAUGAUGGAAGAUUCGGUUUGACUCAUGUGGAUGAGUUCAUUGAUGAACUUUUGACAACAGAUUACUCGUGUGAUAUUUCAUUGCCCCGUAUCAAGAAAAGGUGGACUCUUGAAGCCUUAGGUUCUUUAGAACCUAGAAGAAGUGCUCUGGAAGAUGAUUUUGAGGAAGAGGAAGAAAAGGAUGAAGACGACCAACUAGCUGCAGGGUCAGAUGAUGGGGAUCAUGAGAAGGAUUACUACCGCGGACGUAGUCCAACAAGGGAAAGAGAUCGGGAUAGAAGACGAGACAGUCAUAGAUACAGGGAUCGAGAUUAUGACCGAGACUAUGAUAGGGAUCGAGAUUAUGAUCGAGAUCGGGACUAUGAUAGAGAUAGAGACUAUGACAGGGAUCGUGGCAGGGGACGAGAUAGAGAUAGGGAUCGAGAGCGGGAGAGGGAUAGGGACCGCCAUCGCCUGAGAGAAGAUAAGGAAUAUGGUCGGGAGAGAGAACGUGAAAGAGAAGGUAGGGAACGUGAUAGGAGAGACAGGGAUCGUGGCCGGCGUAGAAGUCACUCAAGGAGCCGAAGUAGAAGUAGAGAUCGCAAGGACCGUGAUGAAGAGCGUCGUAAAAGACAUGCUCGCAGCAGUGCCAGUCCCAGAAGGCGUGGGGAUGGACCUGAUGAUAGUACCACUCGGGAUGAGCCAAAGAAGAAGAAAGAGAAGGAGAAGAAGAAGGAUGAUGGAACUGACCAUCCAGAUCCAGAGAUUGCAGAGGCAAAUAGACUUCGUGCAUCCCUUGGUUUGAAACCUUUGAAGCUAUAAUUAGAAAACUUUGUAGCUGCAUGUGUUAUGUGUGUUAUUGCUUGCUUGCGUUUGGUGGCGGAUUUGUAAACACCAGGGCUCUUAUGUCGGAUUUGCUACUUGAAAUCGUUAUCAGGACUUGGUAUUUUCUUUAGCUUGUUUCUAUUAUCAAAAGGAUAGUUUGUCAAAAUCUGUUUGCUUCACUAAUGUGAUAUUGGCAGUGUAUUUGUACAGACAACUUGCUCUUACUUCCAAAUUUUUUCCAUGUGA